UUUCUCCUUCUGCAGCUUCUUUAUGAACAACACGGUGUCAGCCUCAGGGCCUCCUUCAUCUUCCUCUCUGUCUGCAGUAUCUGGCAUUUAGUGCGUACUUUCCUCCUGAUGCCCUGGGGGCACAUUCCAUACCCACUGCCCCAUAACUACAGCUAUGGCCUGUGCUCUAGAUUCAAAACCACAAAGGGAGAGGAGAAAGCAGUGGAGUGUGUAGAAGAAGGGCUGCAGUCCAAGGAGUUCUCACCAAAGGAAGAGACCCCAGGGACAGGGCCACAGCAGGAGCCCCGCUCCUUCUGGAGCUGCGUCUUGUCUCUGCGCUUCGUGUGUCACCUGGUGUGGCUGUCCGUGAUACAGCUUUGGCAUUACUUCUUCAUUGGCACGCUCAACCCUAAGCUGACCAGCUUGGCCAACAAGGACAAACUGCUAGUCAGCACCUACACAAACGCCUUCGCCUAUACUCAGUUAUUCGGAGUGCUGUGUGCCCCCUGGAAUGGCCUGCUCAUGGACUGGCUUAAGCAGAAGUACCAGAAGGAAGCCGGGAAGACAGGUUUCUCCGCCUCGGUGGUGGCCCUCUGCUCUACGGUGCCUUCACUGGCCCUGACGUCUCUGCUGUGCCUGGGCUUCGCCAUCUGUGCCUCGGUCCCUGUCCUCCCCCUCCAGUAUGUCACCUUCAUCCUGCAAGUGAUCAGCCGCUCCUUCCUCUACGGGGGCAAUGCAGCCUUCCUCAUCCUUGCUUUCCCUUCAGAGCACUUUGGAAAGCUCUAUGGACUGGUCAUGGCCUUGUCUGCUGUGGUGUCCCUGCUCCAGUUCCCCUUGUUCAUCCUUAUCAAAAGCCACUUCCAGAAUAACCCGUUCUACGUGAACUUGAUACUCAUAGUUGCCACUCUUCUGACGUUGGUCCACCCCUUCCUGGUGUACCGAGAAUGCCAUGCUCAGAAAGAAAGUCCCUCGGCAAAAAAAAAAGAGGACAGGGCUGAGCACGGUGACUCACACCUAUAA